AUGCCAACAACAGCGUUUUACUUCUUCACAUACUUCACUCCGAUUAUUUUUGCGAUUGGAGUGGUGGGAAAUAUUAUUUCUUUGAUAGUGUUCCUUUCCAAAAACAUGCGUAAGCUAUCAGCGAGCAUGUAUCUUGCUGCGUUGUCAACAUCAGAUCUGCUGGCGUUGUUAUUUUACGUACUACCGGAGUGGUUAAAACAUGGCUUUAGCUUGGUCCCCGGACAUCAACAAGCUUUAUUUCUACAGCAGAAUGGAACCUGUCAAGGCUUGCUCUACUUGCAAUACAUUGCGCGGUUUCUGUGCUCCUGGUUUGUGGUGUUCUUUACAAUUGAACGUUUUAUCGGCGUGUGUUUUCCCCUACGCCGAAAAGACAUUUGCGACCCUAAAUCAGCAUCACGUGUUAUCCUUGGGGCAAUAGUAGUUGCUUCUUCUGGGUGUGUUUUUAAACCCAUACUCAGUGGAACAUUCAUUGCCAAAAAUGGAGACCCAGUGUGUACCAGUAAUCGGGACCAUCAAUACCUUUCAUUCAUACUUGACAGCAUAUUUGGGGUUACCAUAACUUUCAUUCCGUUUGUACUAAUAACCAUUCUGAAUUUACUGAUCAUACGUAAGCUAGUGCUAAGAAAUAAGCGUCAUCGAAAAAUACGUAUCGUAACGGAGGAAUCAAUCAUCCGAUUGGAGUUUACAUUUAUCUUACUCGCCAUUUCCAUUUGCUUCGUUUCCUUGAAUUUGCCAUAUUUCGCGGUAUGGUGCAAGCGUUAUUGGAAAAUAAAACAAAUUCUUUAUAUCACCAGGACUAUUUUCUACAUUAACUACUGUAUUAACUUCUUUUUAUACUCAGUCACAGGAGCAUAUUUCCGUAAAGAACUUAGACACCUGUUUUUGAAUCGGGGAAGAAAUUCGUAUUCAUAUAGAUACCCACGUCACUACUCUGCAUAUCUGACAAGAAGUUCUUCACAAAAUACAUCCAAGUCGAGUACUCUAUGA